AGCCAGUGUUGCCGAUAGCGGGCUGUGUCGGGGGAGUUCGCUGCUGCUUUCUGGUCCGGUGGCUCGCUCCGGGAAAGCCAGGCAUGAAGAUCACGAGGCAGAAACACGCCAAGAAGCAUCUUGGCUUCUUCCGCAACAAUUUUGGGGUCCGCGAGCCGUACCAGAUCCUGCUGGACGGCACCUUCUGUCAGGCGGCUUUGCGAGGCCGCAUCCAGCUGCGGGAGCAGCUGCCCCGCUACCUCAUGGGGGAGACUCAGCUGUGCACCACCAGGUGUGUGUUAAAAGAGUUGGAAACAUUGGGAAAGGACUUAUAUGGGGCAAAGCUGAUUGCACAAAAAUGCCAGGUUCGAAACUGUCCCCAUUUCAAGAAUUCAGUGAGUGGAUCAGAAUGUCUGCUUUCCAUGGUUGAAGAUGGGAAUCCUCACCAUUAUUUUGUGGCAACACAGGAUCAGAAUUUGUCUAUGAAAGUAAAGAAAAAGCCCGGAAUUCCUCUUAUGUUCAUUAUCCAGAACACUAUAGUCUUGGACAAACCUUCUCCAAAAACAGUUGCAUUUGCUAAAGCAGUAGAGUCAGGUCAGCUUGUCUCAGGGCAAGAGAAACAAAGUAUCAAGCAACUCAAAGAGGAACAGGGCUUAGUAAAAGACCCUGAACAGAGAAGAAAAAAAAAGCGCAAGAAAAUAAGUGGCCCUAAUCCUCUUAGCUGUUUGAAGAAAAAGAAAAAAACACAGGAUACAAACUCAUCUGCCUCUGAAAAGAAAAGAAGAAGAAAAAGAAUCCGAAACAGAUCUACCUCAGAAGUACUUUCUGAAAAGCAGAAUGCAGAAGGAUAAUGAGUCCUUUGGACGCUCUUAAAGACAUGCAAAUAUGAAAAUGAAUUUCUUUUUGAAACUGUGGAAGUACUUAUGUUAAAAAACUAAACUUAUUUUUGUAAAUGAAUAUUGACCCACAAGCCUUUGUAUAAAAUUAUUUGUAAAAAAAAAAACCAGAGUGGAUGGAUUUAGGUGUGAUCAUGUUUACUUUUCUUAGAGAAUUUGGUGGUUGUUUUCUGUUUGUUUGUUUUUGCGGUACGCGGGCCUCUCACUGUUGUGGCCUCUCCUGUUGCAGAGCGCAGGCUCAGCGGCCAUGGCUCACGGGCCCAGCCGCUUCGCGGCAUGUGGGAUCUUCCCAGACCGGGGCACGAACCCACGUCCCCUGCAUCGGCAGGUGGACUCUCCACCACUGCACCACCAGGGAAGCCCUGGAGGCUGUGUUUUAAUGUAAAACUGUUGUCUCUUUCUGUCUUACUGCUGCCCCCCACCCUCCAACAUUAUAUGCAGAGAGUUUAAAAAAAUCAUAUAGUGACAAAAAAGAGGUAAUCCCUUUUUCACAUUCACAGAGGAAACUUUCAACUCAUGUAGUGGUUGUAGAAUUUACCUGUAUAUUUCCAAAUAAUAUGAAUCUGCUGCUACCUUUGGAUCUGCCCAUUAUUUAUUGACUUCCUACUAGAAAGAGUGGAAAUUUUGCUUACUUAUUUUACUACACCAUUUUUCUAAUAUAUUAAUAUUUCAAUCUUUAUACAUCCCAAAUUCAGUAUUUUCAUUUUAAUGGUGAUAAACUCUGUUUACCGCUAAACCAAGUAGCCUGCUAUGGUUGAAUUUAUUUUUUAUGUUACUUUUUUGUUAUUCCAGAAGUUAAUAAUGGUCUCAUUUUCUUCUAGCCUCUGACUUGAUCUUACCAUAUUCUCCAGUAACUGGAAAGGAUCUCAUAAUUUUCAAUAUAAUAUCAGAUCAUUUCUUACCCCUGGAAUACUUCUGGAGCCAGCCUUCUGUCCUCCAAUGUGGAAAGGUUUUCUGCCAAGCAUGUUGCUCAGCUAUCACCCAGGCAUUUCCUGUCCUUAUCCAGAGAAUCUACUUUGUCACUUCUGUAGCCUAGAUUCUUCAUUCUACUCGUUCUUGAUUUCCUCUUCUGCUGCGGUGGAGCAUAAGAGUGUGUAGGAGGUACAUUUUUUGAGGCUCAACCAGUGUGUCUAAACCUAUAUUUGUUGCACUGAUAAUCUAGCAAGGUAAAGAAUUCUUUGCUGAAAAAUCAUUUCUCUCAAUUUUUCUUGAGAACUUCUUAAUUGUUUAUAAGGUCCUAGGGGGAAAAAUCCCUUUUUUUGAGUUCUGGAGGAUGAUUUUCUUUUAGAUGUAAAUGUUAAAUGGCAAAAAUUCCAAAAUAAUACUCUUUCAGGUUGGCUUUAAAUGUUACUUUAAAAAUGUCUAAAGGGGGCACUUCCCUGGUGGCACAGUGGUUAAGAAUCUGCCUGCCAAUAUAGGGGACACGGGUUCGAUCCCUGGUGAGGGAAGAUCCCACAUGCUGUGGAGCAACUAAGCCCAUGCACCACAACUACUGAGCCUGCACUCUAGUGCUCGCAAGCAACACCUACUGAGCCCAUGUGCCACAACUACUGAAGCCUGCGUGCCUAGAGCCCAUGCUCCACAAUGAGAGAAGCCACUGCAAUGAAGAAUUAGCUCCCCUCGCCGCAAAUAGAGAAAGCCUGCACGCAGCAAUGAAGACCCAACACAGCCAAAAAUAAAUAAAUUUUAAAAUGUCUAAAGGGUUCAUUCAAUUAGGAAUUGAACAAUCAAGCUUUUCUUUUUCGGCCCCCUCCCCAAUUGUUUUAAUCAUCCUUCAGGCCAAAAUUAAAGUAGCACUGGAAGUUUGAAGUAUAAAGUUGUCAGAUUGAUCAGUAGCUCCAGAUUUUCAGCUGCCUGUGAUACCUUCAAAUAGUGGUUCGGAUCUGUAUCCCUAGAAUAUCUUGAUCAUGUAUGAAGUACUUCAUGAAUAAGUUCUUAU